ACAUAACUCUAUUGCAGUAAUAAAAGUGUACAUGAUGUGAUUACAUAUAUAGAGUUAAAUAUCAUAACUCCUAUUUAGUCACUAAAAUAGAUGAAAACGUUCGAAAUGGCUAAGGUUAUGUUCAUUUCAAACGUUAUGCAUUUUCACAAAUUAUUAAAAGUGAAUCGUGAAAUUAUAAAAUGCCCAACUAACUUAUUCUAUACACAAUAUCAAAUACUGUGUGCAAAGGAAACCGAUACAACCGAGAGUUCAAGAAUGCGUGAAUUUAGAAAAAAAUUAAGAGAACGUACACCUAUAGAGAAAGUGGAAGAACUAGAAGAAGGAAAACAUCCUUAUCAAGAGAAAGAACCACUGAAACCAUUUCCAAAUGAUACCAAUCCAGAAACAGGUGAAGUGGGAGGACCACGAGGACCAGAACCAACCCGAUAUGGCGAUUGGGAAAGAAAAGGUCGAGUAACAGAUUUUUAAAUGUGUUUAGGAAGAAAUUUGUAAUAUAGUUAUUAAUGUAGACUGUAAAUUGUAAAUAAACUAUAG